UUAUCUGUUUUAAUGUUAAUUAUCUGUCUGCUUUCCCAACAACUCUGUUGCAACUCACUAGACACCAUAACCGUCGACAACCCUUUAAAGGACGACGGCAGAAGCUUCAUCGUCUCCAGCGGUGGAAUCUUUGGUCUUGGAUUCUUCAGCCCCGGCAAGUCAUCCACUAACCGAUAUGUCGGAAUUUGGUACUUAUUCUCCAACCAAACCGUCGUCUGGGUUGCCAACAGAGACAACCCUGUUCCUGAUUCCUCCGGCGUUCUCUCCCUGGACGGAACAGGAAACCUUGUAAUCCUCUCAUCCUCAUCCGGAUCAGACCCAGUCUGGUCAACCAAUGUCAACUCAACCUCGGGCUCAGGGAAUCAGGUUUCUUGUCAACUUUUGGAUACAGGGAACUUGAAAUUGGUUGACGGAGAAGAAGAAACGGUAGUAUGGCAGAGCUUCGAUCAUCCCACAGAUACUUGGCUUCCAUUCAUGAAACUGGGUCUGGACAGAAAGACAGGUCUAAACCGUUUCAUUACUUCAUGGAAAUCCAAAGAUGAUCCCGGAACAGGGGAAUUCUCGUACCAAAUAGAUCUUAUAUCCGCUCUGCCCGAGAUGAUCUUUCAACAGGGGAUUACGAAUCGGAUAUGGAGAACCGGACCAUGGAUGGGACGCGGUUGGGUCGGAGUACCACAGAUGGCAAGAACCGAUUUUAUUUUCACGACCAGUUUCAUUAACAGUCCAGAUGAAGUGAGUGUAACGUAUGUCAUGUCGAACGAUUCGAUCUUGACUAGGGUCGUGGCAAAUGAGUCGGGAAUUCUUGAGAGACUGACGUGGAAGGAUUCGGAUCGUCAGUGGCAUGCGUUUUGGACAUCGAAAACGGAAGAAUGCGAUCAGUAUAAUCACUGCGGCGCGUUCGGAAACUGCGACCCACAAAUGACGCAGAGCAGUUUUAAGUGCAUAUGCUUACCUGGGUUUGAGCCAAAUUCGACGACUGAUUGGAACACCAUAAGAGAUGGUUCGGACGGGUGUGUGAGAAAGAAAGAUCGACCGGUUUGUGGGGAAGCAGACGGGUUUAUUAAGGUGGAGCAAGCUAAGUCACCUGAUACCAGAGUGGCUCGAUUGAACUGGAAUAUGGGAGUAGAAGCAUGCAGAGAAGAAUGCCUCAAUAAUUGCACAUGCACUGCUUAUGCAAGUGCUGAAGAUCCUGAUCACUGUAUAACUUGGCACGAAGAACUGCUCGAUAUCAGACUCGUUCAAGGUGGAGGCCAGAACCUCUACGUACGCGUCGCUGCCAUCGAAUUAGCUGAAUAUUUGAAGUCGCAGCGGUCAGUUAAGGUCAGGCAUAAACAACAAAUGGUGUACAUAAUUGUGAUCUUUACCUCUAUAGCAUUAGCCAUUGGAGUCUUAUUUAUGGUUUACUGGUUCAUAAUAGUUAAAAGGAGAAAAGAGAGAAAGAUAAAGGAAAGACAAAUACUGCUUACUCCAGCUGACAGUUCAUCGAUUGAACCUUCCACAACAGGAAAGCCUUUUGAGGAUUUCCCAUUUUUCGAACUUAGUACCAUUGUUGCAGCCACAAACAAUUUUUCCAUUUCAAACAAACUCGGACAAGGCGGAUUUGGCUCGGUUUAUAAGGGAUGUUUAAAGGAUGGAGUAGAGAUUGCUGUGAAAAGAUUAGCGAAAAGUUCACAUCAAGGCAUCGAAGAAUUUAAGAAUGAAGUUUCGUUAAUUGCCAAACUUCAACAUAGAAAUUUGGUGAGGUUGUUAGGAUGUUGUGUUGAACAUCAUGAGAAGGUUCUCGUAUAUGAAUACUUACCAAAUAAAGGCUUGGACUCAUUCAUUUUCGAUGAAGAGAAAUGUUCUCAACUAAAUUGGGAGAAACGGUAUAACAUCAUUUUGGGAAUUGCAAAGGGAAUGGUUUAUCUUCACCAAGAUUCUCGGUUGAGGAUAAUUCACAGGGACUUGAAAGCUAGCAAUGUUUUGUUAGAUAAUGAGUUGAAUCCUAAAAUCUCGGAUUUUGGAAUGGCAAGAAUUUUUAAAGGCAAUCAAAAUGAAGCAAAUACAAUAAGGGUAGUUGGAACAAUCGGUUAUAUGCCUCCCGAAUAUGCCAUGGGAGGAUUAUACUCGAUAAGAUCUGAUGUCUUUAGUUUCGGUGUUGUAUUGCUCGAGGUUAUAAGUGGAAGGAAAAAUAACAGUUAUUAUCGAGAGAACACGAUUAAUUUAAUCGGACAUGCUUGGGAAAAAUGGAAAGAAGGAAAGACCUCUGAUAUAAUUGACUCGAGGAUGGGAGAUUUAUGGCCAAACCAAGAAGUUUUGAGAUGCAUUCACAUAGGACUUCUAUGUGUGCAAGAACAUGCUAUGGACAGACCAACUAUGUCGGAAGUUGUUUUCAUGAUAUGCAAAGAUAUGUCUUUACCUUCUCCAAAGCAGCCCGCUUUCAUCUUCAACGGACAAGACAUGAAUGCAUCGGAUUCAUCGACGAGCAUUAAAGUGAACUCCAUAAACAACCUUAGCAUUACUGAGAUCAUAGCUAGAUGA